AUUUAAGAGUUAAAAUAGGAUAAUUAUUUAGGCUAUUUAAAGAACUUGAGAGCACUAAACCAGAGUUCAUCCCGCAGGGGGACCCUUCGAGGUCAGCUAAAAGGCGUACUACAAAAAAUUAGCAUGAUGAAUGUGUUUUUCAUUACAACCCUCAUACUGUCUGGAGUCGUGAAUGUCUUUAAUCUGUCAGAACAUGAACCAGACAUGAAAGAAUUGCUUCAGUGUUCUGGCCAAACUGAGCAAAGUAACAGGCUUCGUUUGUACCUGGGACUGGAGAAUUUGGUUGUUAACUGUACAUUACACAAGACGGAUCAGUCUGCGGUGUACGCCGCCUCUGGGAUCAAGCCCACCAUUGUUAUCUUCAAUCGCACCAACUCUGUCAUUUUCUCCUUUAAAUUAAACAAGAAUGAAUCAGUCUGGCAGGUCAACAUCCCAAGACACAAGAUAACUAACAGUAAAGAGGUCACACCUGUGGAUGAGUGGUAUCUGGAUUGUGGCAUGUUUUAUAACUCAAGUAAGAUCAGCACUGUGUUGUACACAUUGAAGGGAACUCUACUGGAUGUGAUCAGAGAGCCAGUUCUGCAGUGGAGCAUUGGAGAAGAGAUCUCUGCCGGGGUCAUAGCCUCUCUCAGUCCACAUAUUGUCAAGCUGCAGGUCAGUCAGAGCCCCUGUGCCCGUGAUGUGGCUGUGCUGGCUCCAGUCUUCACUCCAGGAAAACACGCAGGAGUCAUCCUCAGCAUCACAAGAUCAGCUUUUACCUCCCAGACCCGCUGGGUCAACAUCACCCUAUCAUUAUGUGCUCUCAUGAAUGAAGUUGGCAUAUUCAGCUGUGAUGGGAUCUCUUUAGUGGACUUGAGGUUGACAAACUGUCACCUUUUCCUCCUGACCAACAGAGGGCUCUUCAUCAGUCAGGACCUGCUCUCGUCUGCCACUGGCCCUCUCAAUUUCACACUGCGGUCUAUCACACCACUUGCAAAGGUGAAUUACACUGUGGCAACACUGUGGUUCUCCUCACAUUGUGCAACUGAUUUUUCUGAUGAUUAUAUCGCUUUGAUCUCCAGUGAAGGAAAAAAUGCCAGCCUUCACUCCAGCUGUGUGUACAGUCAGUAUCCUUUUAAGAAAUGGUUCAGCUGCCAGACCUCAGCCAUGAAUAAACACCACUACAUCUCCUUCUUACAUGACCAUCACCAGCACACUGCCCUGAUCCUCUCACGUACUCAGAAAGGUGCCACUGAUGUAUCAGUGUUUGGCCUGCAAGAAGGGCACUUAAAAGCUUCAGCUAAAUUCCCACCAGCACAGUUGGACUUUGAGCCCAAGGGUAUAAUCCUACUCGACACUCACAUCAUCCUCUAUGGCUCAGAGGUGUGGAUGUCAAUAGACAGGGGUGCCACCUUCAAACAUGUCUUCUCUCUAAAUGAGGAGGAAGUGAUGGAGGUUGUCAGUUGUGCUGUCAGUGGAGUGCUGCUUCUUCUUACUGACAAAGGCCAUAUGUACCUGAUGAAGUCAGUUAUGCACAAGUUUGCGUUGUUAAAUGAGACAUUGGACCAUCAGAGCAGCUUGCUUUGUGAUCACAUGGGAAUAUUAAUGGGAGUAAGCCUGGACCCUACACAUCCUAUUGCCCUUUCCUACAAGUCCAUCAACAUUUCUCAACUCAUAGUGGAAUAUGAGAUUGGAUUUGACGGUCCACUGGCCCUGCAGUACAGCACACAUCAGUCAGUGUUACUGCAUGAAUAUGGACAAAUGAGCUCUUCUCCCUCUGCCCCACAAUGCCACUUUUCUCACAACCACGUGGGCAAUGUCAUCUACUUCAGUGCUGGUGGAUCAGUCAUGAUCACAGAUCUCCUUCAAACACACUAUCAGAAAGGUUUUGCCUGUGCUGUUGUGGGCUAUGUUAUUGAGCCAGUGGGAGGGGCCAGCCUUGAGGCAGAGCCUAUACAGGGAUAUCACCUACUAGUGGAGAAGGAGGUUGUUGAAGGCUUGCAUGUUUAUCUGAAGUUAAGUGGAAAUGUUUCCACUGAAGGUUUUGAUGAAGCUCAUGUUGGUAAGACUGUGGUAGUCCCUGGUUUCAGCAGCUACCUCAUCACAGGGCUAGAUGCAGGUCGAGCACUAGCCACGCCCACCAUGCCUGCUCUGAUUCUGCCCCAGAUGACACAUCAAGCUGGUGAUUGGCUUCUGUUCCAUUCAUUUGGGCUGGGCAGUUGGGGCAUGAAGGAGGGGCCAUGUCACCACACUCUGCACUCAUUGGACGGCCUGCGCAAUGAUGCCCUCAUAAGCAUCGGUGUUCAAGAGAAUCUCACCUUCACAUUCAAAGGUUUCAAUGUCAACCCCUCUCUUCCCAUGAAACGAAUGAAGGUUAUUCUGACUGACCCAUUUGCCAUGCGGAUAACAGCCAAGCAUUCACGAGACCACACCAACAAGCACAUUCUCACUAUCAUGGCUUAUGGCGACCUGUGGAAGCAGAGUGCAAGCACAGUGACUGUGUUUAUCCCAGAGGCGUCUUUGCUCUGCACCUCCUCCAGUUUAACUUUCACUCUGCACACUGUCUGUCCGGAAGGCUUAAGCAUGGUCUUCCUGAUGCCUCGACCCAUCAGCGCACAUGACUGGCUGCAGGGAGACCCUCGGGAUGAAUCGGGCAACAAGAGGCUCUUCGACUUGCCGGUAAACUAUAGGCCACCAUCUCAGGAAGAUGUAUCAAUCCCAACCACAGGCAACAUCUACAACGCUGACCCCAGUAAGCCCAUGUUUCGCCAGCAUGACCAUGUCUCACAGUAUAAGCAGUGUGCUGGGAAGCUGUCUGCUGAAGAGUGUGGCUGCUCUGACUCCCUGAGACUCUCCUCUCUCACUAUCAACUCUGACUGUAGAAAAAGGGUUUUAAAGCUAAAACACCCCGUCAAUGACUUCAGCAUCACACUGUUUCUGAGGAAAGCAAAUUUUCCUGACCAGCCUCUGCACUCUCCAUACUUUGUCACGGUAACAGAGGUCAACAAUCGCACUGACUGGAAGGUGACAGGCACUAAUGCAGCUCCUGACAGACUGAGGCACUACCUGAAAGAAACACUCAGUAUGACCCUCUACAACCCUGAAGGACUUCACAUCAACUGCUAUGGCUAUGAACUCUUUCACUUCCGUAUUUCUGGAUUUGUCCCUGGAAUGGUCUCAUGUGAUCUGGUUGAAGAGGUUCAGAUGUAUGUCGUCACUGACAUCACGGACAUCCUCAUCUAUGUGAAUGCAUUUAUCCUGGGUGGCCUGUUGCUGUGUUGCUUCCAGCGUAAAGUAAUAUUGAGAAGUUUUCUGAAGAGGCGGCCUACUGUGAAGCCUGCCACCCCAUGAUGAUCUCAUCAUCCUGUCCACUCCUGCAACCAGCACAAUCAUUCCUAAUUAGUGAUUGUACAAAAUGCAGUUUUGCAAUGUUUACGAGCUUAAAUGUAAAAAUUUUUUAUUUAUUUUUGAAAAGUGGUGCAGGACACACUGGUGUUAUUAUCAAACACUGUUUAUAUAUUGCUCUAUUUAAGAAUAUUAUACAGAACAGAUCUUAUUUGUAGCGUUCACAUUUGAUUUAUAGUUUGUAGAAGAAUACGUUUAUUUUAAGGUUCUACUUCAAGUUCUCAUUUCUGUAAGACAAACAGCCAGAAUCAUCCUCAGAAAAGGUGAAAGUGGGACUACGAAUUUUUUUUAAUCAAGUCUGUUUAAGGAUACAUUUGAUAUAUUAUUCAGAACUACAUACAUGUAUCACACCUGCUCUUUUAAUUUUAAUGAAUAAAUCUGUUACAAAAUGGAGUUGGCUCCCCAUCACUGCACACUCCAAGUUAAUGUGUUUAACUGUCAAAACAGGGUUAUUUCUGUCUAAAGUUGUGAGCGAGAGUAAGUGUAAGGCCAAAUUGCUCAUUGGACAA